AUGGCGCGCUUUCCGUCCACCAUUCUCCUCACCCGCGUCGGCGGCUUCUACGAAUCGUACUUUGCACAAGCCCCUCAACUCGCCUCGAUCUUGGGGAUCAAACUAGCUAACCGCAGAUGGGGCGGUCAAGACGUACCCAUGGCUGGAUUCCCUGUUUUCCAGCUGGAAAAGUACCUCAAAAUUCUCGUACUCGACAAGGGUCUGCUGGUGGCGAUCUCGGAAGAGUUCAAGGGCGAAGCGGCUGCUGGUGGAAAAGUGGGUAACGCAACAGACAUUGUACGCAGAGUCAACCGUGUGGUAAGUCCCGGCACGCUGAUCGACGAGAAGUUCCUGGAUCCGUUUGUGAACAACUUCAUUGUUGGCGUUAGUGCCCUCGCUGGGGAGGCGGAGAAGGGAGUAAGGUAUGGUCUAGCAUGGCUGGACGUGGGCACAGCGGAUUUUAGCACGGCGGUGUGCGAGGAUUUCCAGACCCUGAGGGACGAGAUUGCGAGGAUUGGGCCUAAGGAGGUCGUUAUUGAUGCGGGGACGAUUGAAGCUGAUCAGGUGGAUGAGGGUUGUGUGGCGACAUCUAGUACCAACGAGACGAAGGGAGGACAGAUCAAAAUUGACGUCAGAGAGCUGGUGGCGGACUCGAGCGUGUACAUCUCGCACUUCCACCCGCCGCCUCCCGCUUCCUCCGAGCCAACGCCACCCUCGAUCGAAGCUGCUGCUCAAACCACCACACACGAAGGCACUACCAUACCUGCCACACCGACACCUACCCUCGACCCUGUCGAGACAGCCACGGUCCACACCCUCCUCUCGUACCUCCGUACACGCCUGCUCGACUCUGACACCUCAUCCACCCUCACGUCGCUCACGCUCUCGCGCCCGCUCCACCAGCGCCUCGAGUCCGUAAUGCAGAUCGACGCACACACGCUCUCUGCGCUCGAGAUCCGCGAGACGGGCCGCGAAGGUUCCACCCGCGGCUCGCUUUUUUCGGUCCUCCGCCGAACUGUCACUAAAGGCGGAACUCGCUUGCUUCAGCAAUGGCUGUGCAACCCGUCUACGUCGAUCGCCACGAUCAAUGCUAGGUUUGAUCUGGUGGAGCUGUUCCAGCAACGGCGCGAGUUGAGGGAGGACUUGAGGUUGACGUUGAGGACGGGGGCGGGAGAUGUGACGAGGGUGUUGCAGAAGCUUGUGACAAGGAGGAACGAUGAACAGGAUCUGCUCGAAGUGAGGGAUGCAAUUGGGGCGAUGGAGAAGGUGAAGGGCUUGAUGCAGAGAGAACUAGCCUUUUUGAUGGGGAGUGACAAGGAAAAAUCGACGUUGGAGGCUCUGAAGGGAAAGUUCUUCGACUUGACGGAGCUGGCUGGGAGACUUGGGUCGGCGAUCGAUGAGCGGGUGAUUGCGCUCAGACUGGAGAGGCAGGAGACGCUGGCAAACGAAGUGCAGGACAUCGCUGCAUCGUCGGGUGUGAGCGAGACGUCGCGUGCCAAGAUACGCAGCCUCAGCAGCGUCAACGGCACAAAAGCAGGUGCUUCCAGCAAAUGCAGCGUGACUGGCCGCGCCGACGACAUCAGCGACGACGACGCCGGUCUCUGGGGUGACGACUUCGAACACCUCAUCCGCCCAGCCUCCUCGAAAACACUUACUUCCCUCACGCGCUCGCACCUUUCCCUCCGCAAAUCAGCGCGCCAGCUCGAGCAGCGCUUCCAACAUGCUUACGCUUCGGACUCCGUGAGCCUGCGCUACGUCCUAGGACAAGGUUACGUCGUUCAUUCUCGCGGAAAACCUCUUCCCCCCACCCCACCGGCUUCGGCAGAAGACCUGACCGUGCAUAUCGCGGGGAAGAAUCGAUCGACGCACACGUACUAUUCGCCUUUGUGGUCGGCGCUGGGAUCGCGGUUGGACCGGCUGGGGAAAGAGAUCCAGGCAUUGGAGGCGGUUGAGCUCGAGGCGCUGCGACAGGGAGUAUUGGCGUGCGCGUCGCAGCUGCGCACCAAUGCCAAGGUGUUGGACCAGAUCGAUGUAGUCUUGUCGUUUGCGCAGGCUGCAGAGGAGUACGGCCUGACGCGGCCCGUGGUGGACGAGUCGACGGAGAUCGACGUGUGCGCGGCACGGCAUUUGUCGGUUGAGAUGGGUUUGCUGGAGCGCGGGCGGCUGUUCACCCCGAACUCUCUGUCGCUGUCGGAGGAGCGUGGGAAGGUGCAUGUGAUCACGGGACCAAACAUGGGUGGCAAGUCGACGUUUCUGCGCUCGAUUGCGCUGCUGACGAUCCUGGCGCAGGCAGGCUGCUUCGUCCCGUGCUCCCCACCCUCGCGCAUCGGGUUGGUGGACAGAGUGUUCACACGCAUUGGCGCCAACGACGACGUCUUCCGAGACCGCUCGACAUUCAUGGUCGAAAUGUCCGAGGUCGGCGAAAUACUCCAUCGUGCCACCCCUCGCUCGCUCGUCAUCGCCGACGAAAUUGGCCGCGGCACCAGCAACCUCACCGGCAUCGCCGUCGCCUUUGCCACGCUCAAGAGUCUCCGAGAGAGAGGUUGCAGGACGCUCUUCGCCACCCACUUUCACGAGAUCUGCGACCUGGUCCAGCGCCAGGACGAUUGUGGCGCGGCAGGCGUGGCCUUCUGGUCCACAGACGUGCUCGAUGACCGAGAGGGCGAGGACGGACUAGUGUUCAGCCAUGCGCUGAGGCAAGGCGUGAAUCGGAACAGCUACGGCUUGCAGGUGGCCAAGCUCGCCAAUCUGCCGGAGGACACGCUGAGAUGCGCAAGAGAGACAUUGGAUCGCUUGCAGGCGGCAACGGUGGGCGGAGAGGCGGAGGCUUGA